CACACACACACACACACACACACACAUCCACAUCCACACAUCCAAAGAUGGGCGACAUGGAUGACCCGGAUCAGCUCCUCAGCAUGUUUAUGUCGCUUGGGACCACUGACCAUGGCACGCUCAUCGACCAGUUCAAAAAGGUGGUUCGGAUUGAUGACGACAGCCUUGCGUCGUUCUUUCUCGAGGCAAACAACUGGAACCUGCAGGGCGCGGUGUGGUCAUACUUUGACCAACAGGGUUCCGGUAACCAGAUGUACAUUCCAAGACAGAGACCGCAAGCAGAACUGAUUGGCGAAAUGACUGCCUCACACGGCAGCGACGCCGUCGGCUCUGGACAGCAGUUUACAAAAACGUGGCGUUUUCGCAACACUGGCACGACACACUGGCCGCACUCGACCGUAUUUGCCUUUCUCAACGGCGAGAGGAUGGGUGCGCCGUCUCGUGUCGCCGUGCCGCCCGCUGCUCCCGGCGAAUUUGCAGACGUCACAGUCACAUUCACAGCACCGCGCGAGCCGGGCCAAUAUGUCGGCACGUGGCGACUCCAGCACAGCGACCACGUCACCGAGUGUUUUGGCGAAGAGGUGUGGGUGAUUCUGAACGUGACAGAUGACGGUGGCGUGGGUCUCGUGCAGGCCAUGCAGUCCACAUCCAUGGGCGAGGGCGGUGGGCAGCAGCAGCAGUCGUCAUCGUCAUCGUUUGGCGGCGGGUUUGGUGUGAUGCAACAGCAGCACGGCGGCUCGUUUGGUGGACAGCAGAUGCAGAUGCAGAUGCAAGGGCAGGGCCAGGGAUCCAUGAUGAUGCAGGGGCACGGUGAGCCACAACAGCAACAACAGCAGCCCCAGCAACCCUCGUUUGGACGCUCCGUGGGCGCAUUUGGCGUCCAUGAUUCAGCAUCUCCACACCACCACCACCACCACUUUGGUGGACCUCAGUGA